AAAACUACAACUCUUCAACGAAAAACAGCCGCUGUCUUCAACAGCUGUUUUUCCCUCUCGUUUUCUUGUUAAAAUUCUUUGCACAUUUGUUUACAUUUUUUUUUGACGGUUUUAUAUAACUUUAUUAAACAUUUAUUAAAAAAUGUCCUUAUUCCAAAUGAAAUGGCUGCGCCGUUUGGUUAGACGUAACACCAACCCUAUACCGGAAUUACAGGCUGCUUUAUGGAAACGCCGCCUGAGUUUAAUGUAUGCUGUAGUAGCCUGGAAUGCUUUUGGUUUUGUCUGCUAUAUGGCUUUUACGGGACGCAGUGAUUGGGCACACUAUUAUGGUUAUAAAACGGAUGAAGAGAAGCAAGAAUCUCAAGCGGUACAAUUCAGUAAACGUUUGAAUGUGGAAAAGGGUAAAAUUAUAAGAUAUAAGGGCUUUACCAAAGUCGAAGAGAAAGAAUUUGAUAAUACUAACGAUAAGGAGAAUUAAAAUAAAAUAUUGUUACAAAAAUUUAAAA